AUAAAAUAAUUGUCGUAUCGCUCACCCCUAGUGAAAGUUAAGUGAUAAGCCAAAGGUCACUGUAACUUAAGCUAUAACUUUUAAGCAGAAUAGACAGAGCCCUGUGUUUGGUCUGCUCAGUAUGACGGAAGGCCGUGCAUGAAUAUCUUCACAUUGGAUUUUUUAAGCUUAGGUUUAAGGUUUCAAGCUUACAUGCUAUUGAUUUAGAGGGUGGUAAAAAUAUAUAGUAAAUAUUCUAGUUUAAUACUGAGUGUCUUGAAAGGCUGGACGUUUCUGAUGUUAGUCUGUCAGCUGUUAGCUGGACGGCGAAGUUUGAGAAGUUAUAGCAGGUCCCCAGAGUGACAGUGUGUUUUACGAGUACAAGUUCUUCCCUGGGACACUAAAUGGAUCAGCUAUUAUUAAUGAAAACUCCAUGGCUAAUGGACAUGCUAAAGUGGGGAAGCAGAGUCAAAAUGUCAUCCACAGGACCAUCAGCACCAGGACCUCAAAUUCUCAGAGGAACUUAAGCAGCUCCAUGUUCCCCUGCAGCCCCCCUGCCGCAAGCCAGCCCCGAGUCGUUCCGGACGGCUAUACAGCCAGCCGCAGCCUGGAAAUGGUCCCUUCUGGCAACACUGCCAGUGCCCGCUGGAGCCAAACCAACAAACACACAAGCAAAGUGGAAAGAAAGCCAAGCCACCCUCUCCUCAACGGCACUCAAAUCAUAGGAAAUAAUACAGUUAAUAGAAACAGUACUAUUAAUACUAUUAAUUUGGUCUCUGGCAGUCAGACUGUCAACAGGCGGCCACCUUCCAGCCACUCUAACCCAGAAGUUAAGGCGUCAGUAACUGCUAGGAGCAAGAGUGAGAGUAAUGGGGUGAAUGCAGAGGCGCGCUCAACUGAACUCACAUUACCAGAGGCGAUGGACUGUCUCUUCAGCCAAGAUGAGAAUUAUCAGCUAUUUGGCGCUUCUUUCAUUCAGCACAGCACCUUCACAGAUGACAAAGCCAAGCAGGAGGUGCUAAAGAUGAAGGGCAUCGCUCCUUUGGUGUCCCUGAUGAGCAGCCCCAACCCUCGGAUCCAGCAGACAGCGGCAUCUGCCUUACGAAACCUGGUCUUUAAAAACCAGGCCAACAAGGAGGAAGUUCAGCGCUGUGGAGGAAUCACACAGGCCGUGCAACUGCUUAAACACACAGACUCAGCCGAGACACAAAAACAUGUGGCUGGUCUCCUGUGGAACCUUUCCUCAGUGGAUAGUCUGAAGCCUGAGCUUCUCCGCAGUGCUCUGCCCGUUCUCACAGAAACCAUCCUGGAGCCGUUUGCAGCCUCCGCAGACCACACUGCCAACCCUGAUCUGGACCCUGAGAGCUUCUAUAAUGCCACAGGGUGUCUGCGAAAUCUGAGCUCAGGUAAACCAGCAAGCAGGCAAGCCAUGCGCAACUGUAAGGGCCUGGUGGACUCACUGGUCAGCUACGUACAGAACUGUGCGGACUCAUGCAACCACAAUGAUAAGUCUGUGGAGAACUGUGUGUGUAUUCUGCACAACCUCACAUACCAGCUGGAGAGUGAGGCGCCUGCCGUCUUCAGCAAGAUGAACGCCCUGGCAGGAUAUGCUAACCGCCGCACAAACACCACAGACACCGGCCCCAUAGGCUGCUUCAGCAGCCAGAGCCGCAAGAUCCAGCAAGAGAACUUUGACUAUCCAGUGAUGGAGGAUAACAACCCCAAAGGCCAGAGUUGGCUCAUCCACUCGCGAGCCCUACAGUCAUACCUGUCUUUGCUGGGUUCCAGUGAGAGAGAGAUCACUCAGGAGGCGUGCUGCGGAGCUCUGCAUAACCUCACUGCCAACAAGGGCGUUGUGUCGGAUGUGUUGAGUCAGACCAUCGUUCAGAAGCUAAAUGGUCUCCAGCACAUCUCUCCCCUGCUGCAGUCCUCCAACCCCAAUGUGAGGGGCAGUGUCACUUCACUGCUGGGCAACCUCUCCCGAACCCCUCGUCUGCAAAGCAUUGUGGCUCGUCAGGCUCUUCCACAGCUCGUCCGUACCCUGACCCCUGCUGCCAUAAAUGAUCUUUCUCCCGAAUCAGACAGCACCAUAGCAACCACCUGCAACACUAUAAACAACCUCCUGAGGGUGGAGCCUGAGAUGUCGAAGCAGUUGCUGGGUAACCCCUUGAUCAACUCGUUGAAUGACAUUAGUCAAAACAUAGCUUUGCCCAAAGCCAGUAAGGCAGCUGGAGUUCUCCUACACAGUCUCUGGUCAGAGAAGAACAUUCAGAGCUUCCUCAAGAAGCAAGGGAUGAAUAAGAGGUCAUUUGUGAAUGAGGUAACUUCAGCUGCUCUCAGGUCUGUUCAAGUUAUCGAAUGAAACGAUCAUCUGGGGCAAGGGGCUUCCAAGAAUUCCUGCUGUAUACCGCUUCACACACUGCAUAACAGCCAAUGCAAUGAAUGGUGUAUUUUUUUGGAGCAAAGCCACAAGUAAAACAUGUAAAUUUGCUUUAAACCAGUUUUAAAAGUAAAGCGCAGUGUAUGAAAAAGAGAAUGUUGAUGUGCUUCACAGGUCUAGGUUUGCACAGAAGUGGUAAUGUUUUCUAUUACUGACUUUCUAAUGUCAUGCUGAAUUUAGUUUUGGUUUGCUUAUGCAUGAAAGUGGUUCGAUGAGAGGACAUAAUGUUUAGUUGAUUUUUAUAAAGCAGUUUUCCUUUUUAAUCAUAAAACCGUUUUUCUUUUUGAAUAAUUGCAAUUUUAACACCAUAUGGUUCUAAUAUCAUUAGAAACACUAAACUGUUGGCCUGGAAGGGGAGCAUUUUUACUGCAAUUUGUUCACUGUUUUUGUUUUGGAUAUUAAGGACUUCUGUGUAUGUGGAGAAAUAUAAAACAAUAUUUGGGUUUUGGCUCCUGCUGACCUGUUAAGGUUAGCAUUAGGGUGAGGUAUCAUAAGACAUCUAGUUAUUAUUGUUGUUAUUAUUUGCCUUUCAUUAUUCUUUGUCUUAUGCUUUCACACUGCCUUGCUGUUUAAAGUGGAGUUUCAGUUGCAGUCUCAUGUGUCAGUGUUUCAGCUCUCAAGCAUUUAUUUGUUCAGCAGAAACCAAAUAAAGUUUUCUGAAAAGCUA